AGAAAAAAACUCAAACGGAUCUCAAGGACAAACGUAGAAGAAGGAAGGGGGGUUUUCUUUGACACUGAGCUAAGGCCAUUAUCAACAAUCACACACACUGAACCAAAACUUGAUUAUGAUUCAUUGAUCAUCAUUCUCUUCGAUUCAAUUUCCCCAAGCUUUCUAUCUACCAUUUCAGAUUCAAUUGGAUUGUUCCGCUCAAUGCAAUGGUGGUCUGCAAAUGUCGCAAGGCUACUAAGUUAUAUUGCUUCGUGCACAAAGUUCCUGUCUGCGGAGAAUGUAUCUGUUUCCCGGAGCACCAAAUCUGCGUGAUUCGGACGUAUUCAGAAUGGGUUAUAGAUGGGGAGUAUGAUUGGCCCCCUAAAUGCUGCCAAUGCCAAGCUGUUUUGGAGGAGGGGGAUGGAUCUCAAACUACUAGACUGGGUUGCUUACAUGUUAUCCACACAAAUUGCUUGGUCUCACAUAUCAAGAGUUUUCCUCCACAUACGGCUCCGGCUGGAUAUGCGUGUCCUACAUGUUCCACAUCGAUAUGGCCUCCCAAAAGCGUGAAAGAUUCUGGAUCUCGUCUUCAUUCCAAGUUGAAGGAAGCUAUCAUGCAGACUGGUAUGGAAAAGAAUAUCUUUGGAAAUCAUCCAGUUUCAUUGUCAGUGACAGAAUCUCGUAGUCCUCCACCUGCUUUUGCUUCAGAGCCGUUGAUUGGUAGGGAAAAUCAUGGAAACUCAGACUCACCUGCAACUGGGUCAGAACCUCCUAAACUUUCAGUGACAGAUAUUGUGGAGAUAGAAGGUGCCAAUUCAGCAGGAAAUUUCGUGAAAGGCUCAAGUCCUGUUGGUCCUGCCACAAGGAAGGGCGCAUUCAAUGUUGAGCGACAGAACUCUGAAAUCUCAUACUAUGCUGAUGAUGAAGAUGGGAAUCGUAAAAAGUAUACAAAAAGAGGUCCGUUCUACCACAAGUUUCUUAGAGCAUUGCUUCCUUUCUGGUCUAGUGCUUUACCUACUCUACCAGUGACUGCACCUCCAAGGAAAGAUGCAUCAAAUGCAACCGAAGGCUCAGAAGGCCGUACACGACAUCAAAGAUCAUCAAGGAUGGACCCCAGAAAGAUUCUUCUCCUGAUUGCAAUUAUGGCGUGCAUGGCGACUAUGGGUAUAUUGUAUUACAGACUAGUGCAACGGGGUCCAGGGGAAGAGCUUCCUAAUGAAGAACAAAUUUGACAUGGAUUGUUCUGGAGAUGUUCAGUGGCUCCCAUUUCAGACAUUGCUGGUUACUGGUGCUUAUCUGUUUGGCAUCUUUGCGAACCAGAUGCAAAAACAUCAGUAGCUGAUUGAUAACUUCUAUUUGAAUGCCUAUGUCAGUGACUUGUUGCAUAAAAUCUUUGUCAGCCAUCUUUGCUCUCUACCCUCAGUUUUGGAAUGUAAUUGCGGAUUCAGAUUUAAAUAUUAUUCUCAUAAUUGGAUUAAGUUGUAAUUAUCUGGAAUUCUUAAACCUCAAAGAUGAAUUUGUGUGGAUCACAACAAAUAUAUUUUGCACAA